GGAUUUCCUAGUUUACAGCAAUAUCACGACCUAUGUAAAUCUUAUCUCGAAGGCCUCAGUGAAAGGAAACGGGACAAGGCAUUGAUAACCAGAGACACUUACCUUGCCGUCUCCGCCGUGCUUGACAGUCACGAAAGCAGUUCACAAUAUAGUGCCUCAUUCAGAUUCUGGGCUCGGAAAAUGUUCACCUCUGACGCAGAACGCCUGAUGCAUGACGGAAAGCCAGUUGUGACCACCGAUGAGAUUUAUCUGGUUCUUGUCGAUUGUCAUUUUUAUGCGUCUCAUGGAGGCAGAGAUGCAACUGUUAAACUCGUGCAUGAAAAUUAUUCGUGGGUACCGAAGGAGCUAAUCGCACGUUUCGUUAGAGAGUGCCCUACCUGUGGUAAGAAACGUAGC